GGCGCAGUGCAGUUUAAGCAAAACAAUGGCAGCGCGGCACGAAAGGAAAUUAACACGGUCCUUUAAAACUGGACAAGUUAAACAGGCGGCAAGAAGAAACUGUAAACACAACCAUGUAACGUUACACAGAACGUCCCGAGGACCCGGUGACACGACAUGACCGACUCCGGAGAGGCAGCAAGCGUCCCCGGCUGCUCCGGCCUCGGUUUCCCCGCGGGCCGAGGACUCCCAGGCCGGGUCAGGAGUCUCUCCUCUCCCGCUCCACCUGGAAGACUGACGUCGCUCAGGACCAGGGACCUAACACUAGGGGGAGUCUUAAAAAAGACAAAGAAAACCUUUGAGCCAAACGUCCACGCUGUGAGAAAAAGCAAAGACGAGUUAAAGGAAGAGAUCCGCGUGGCUCCAAAGAAGGAGAGAAGACAGAGGGGCGAGAGGAGGAGAGAGAACAGAGGGAGGAGGAGAGAGAGGCCUCCGACGAUCCAAUCUCACUCCAUCUUUGAGCAGGGCCCUGCCGACACCGUACGCAAAGCAGGCUGGCGUGGUGCUACGGACCUGCAGGACUCCACCGUUUCACCCGUCUGCAAACUUGUGAAGAAAGAGAGGAAGGACUUGGAGGAAGAUGAAGAUGAGAUACUCAAAAAACUACAGAGGGAUGAUUUCAUAGAUGACCCAGGUCUGAGGAACGAUGCCAAGCUGAAACCCAUCCAGCUGCCUCUGUGUCAAACACGGGCAGCCGCCACAACAUGUCCGGAGAACCCCCCUUUGUUCAGGCCGCCAGGCCUCAGCCAAGCAGAGCUGUCCAGACCAGAGCAGCCGUCCGUGGUCGAGCUGCUGCAGGAUCUCAGCCUGUCGGGCAGAGAGGAGCUCUUCUUCAUGCAGCUGCCCGACAGUAUGCCAGGCAGAGAUUCUGCACACAAGGCCGAAUCCUCCUCGGAGAAAGCUGCCAAGAAAGAAGACAAGCGGCAUGCACAUCCACAAGCACACGAGGGCUGUCCUGUGCUCUCACAACUCCCAGAGGGGUUUCUGGGUAAACUGCAGAUCAGGAAGUCAGGAAAGGUGGAGCUGAAGCUGGGUCACAUCGUUAUGGACGUCUCUGAGGGAGCUGCAUUUUCCUUCCUGCAGCAACUGGUGUCCGUGCGUCUGUCUGACGGUCGAACCGGAGACAUGAUGGUGUUGGGAAACGUGCAUCACAAGCUGGUCUUGUCUCCGGACUUCCAGGCUUUACUGAGACAGGCUGCAACGCAGCAGCAGCAGCAGCAAGGACCCUGAUCCCCCCUCCUCUACUGAGCAGAGCUGAAAGACUCUUUGUAGGACCCCUGAUCUGAUGCUUUGUUGCCACGCCGACAGGUCACCCCUUCAUACCUUGAUGGGAGGGGCUAAGGUUCCAUCUGCCCAUCAGGAUUCUAACUAACAUUCAUACACACAUUCAUUCCCCGUAGACACAGCUACGGGAGAAAUGUAAGGGUUAAGUGCCCAAGGACACAUGGACAUGGGCUAGCGGAGCUCGGGAUCAAACCGUUAAUCCUCUGAUUGAAGGACGACCCUGCUCACAGUCGCCCAGCGAGCGACUCAGUUGUCGUAAUCUUUGGUGUAGCAGUCCGACAAUAAUUCCUUCCCAGAGACCCGCCCCUCGCCAUGUGUGCCGUGGGUCUUUGUCCGUAGACAAAGUGGUGCACAGUAGCCGAACAUUCCUGGACCGCUCAGCCAGUAGCUGCUCUGAUGGACUGUCAUGAUGUUGACUCACUGGGACGUGAACGUAGAACCUGGUAGAACAGCGUUCUUAUUUUUCAGUCAUGGAAAGAACUUUCAGAACGCAAAGCUCUGAUGAAAACAAAACUGUGUAAUUGCUAUUCCCGAGAUGUAUUAAAUAUUAUGUAUCUGUUGUUCUUGUCGGUUUGAUGACAUGCUUCAUUUUAUAUAUUUGUAACCUUGUCACUGUGUUCUAUCUUGGCCAGUCAGAAUUUCUGGUUUAAUAAAAAAGAAUAAUAUAAAAUCUGAUGUGCAUCUGGAAUUUUGGAGGUUUGUUGUAUUUAGCCAACUUAGA